GAAAAAAAAAAAAUUAAAAAAGAAUGUUUAAAAUUUUAUUGACUAUUUUGAUAACCUUUAAUUUAUUGAUUACUAUUAUUAACUGUGAUAAUAAUUUAACAUUGCGGUUUGAACGAGCUUCCCAAGUUUAUGAUGAGAAUGAAAAUACUCAAGAAUUUGAAAAUAGGAUUGUCGGUGGUGAACCGACAAAUGUCAAGACUUAUCCAUUCAUUGUAUCAAUAUUUUUAAGAUUUACAAAUUUUCAUCAUUGUGGUGGUUCAUAUAUAUUGCCAAGAUUUGUACUUACAGCUGCACACUGUCUCGUUAGAAGCAAGGGCUAUCAUUGGGUUGCUGAAUCACCAUGGGCAUAUGUUAUUUUUGCUGGUAUAUCUGACUUACAUUACACACCAAGAUUUCAAAUAAGUAACGUUGAAGCAACUUAUCCUCAUUCUGGCUACAAUGCUCUCACACUUGUCAAUGAUAUUGCUCUUGUUAAGAUGCAUAAACCUUUGCAAGUGAGUGAAUAUGUUAACUAUGCACCGCUGCCAAUUGAACCUAAUGAAAAUUUUUAUAAUGAAAGUCAAAUAUGCACAGUUAUUGGCUGGGGGAGAACUAGCACUACGGAAUUUAUUGCUAGUGAUGUGCUGAAUCACGCCCGAGUGCCAUUGAUAUCAUCAUCGGAAUGCAAGAAAUACUAUCCCCAUGAUUUUGGAAAUGAUCAAAUAUGCGCUGGACGUCAAGAGGGUGGUGUUGAUGCUUGUCAGGGUGACAGUGGUGGGCCACUUGUAUGUAAUGGUAUUCUAGUUGGAAUUGUGUCCUGGGGAAGAGGAUGCGCCGACAGAAAUUCACCCGGGGUUUAUGCUCGAGUUGAUUAUUAUCUUGAUUGGAUUAAUGAAACUGCAACAAUAAAUGGAGGAGUCUCAAUUUAUCCAAAUUUUUUUCAUUUAAUUUUUUUAUAUGUUUUUUUCUUUUUUAUACAUUAUUAAUGAUUAUUAAAUGAUACUUUACGAUUGUUGGAAAUCUCUAGAAAAAAUAUAUAAAUUAUAUAUAAAAAUCAACCUGAUAAAUGAUAAUUAUUCCGCAGUUUUAUACUAAAAAAAAAUAUAUUACUUAAACAAAUAAUAUUGUUGAAAAUGAAAUAAUACAAUGACUGUAUUAUGAUUAUUAAAAUUAGCACAUUUGGAAUUAUAUUUAAAAAAAUAAUAUUAUUUAAAUCUUCAUAUAAUUUGGUUAAGUUCCAAAAAAAUUUAAAAAUAAUAUUUUAAAAUUAUUUUUAAGACAAUAAAUAUCAACUGGAUAAAAAUAAAUUGCAAGUAAAUAUUGAUAUCAAAACA